AUGGAGCCAAACGACGAGAACGGAGGCAGCACGAGCAGAGAGGAACAGGAAGAGGCAUUGGUCGCUUUGAUCGAACACCGAACCCACGAAGUCAAAAACCUCCGUCACCGCAUCGCUUAUUACAAAACCCAGCUUGAUGAAGCGGAGAAAAGGUUGCAAGAUUCUGUAUCCAAAUUGGCUCGCCUUCGAGGUCAGACUAAUGCAGUGUCAUCUAGAAAUACCUUAGAUGAUGGAAUAAAAACUGUGAAGACAGAGGGCAGAUCAAACAGUCCAAUUGAUAGAAAUGAAGGUUCAAUAAAAAAUCGACAUCAAUCUAAACCAGAACUUCUUAUUCCUUCAGUGAAUCCAAAAAUUUCACAACCUGUAUUGUUGCCAAAGUCUUCUUCAAAAGCUUCAAUAAGUUCCAGUUCUGAAGCAUCUCCUGGAGUACAUAAUUCUCCAAUCAGAGGUGACAGCUCUAGGGGAAAAUCUGACAAGUCUCAUAGUCAUAGACUUUCUUCUUCUGAGCAGCAAAAAACUGAAAUCAAGGACAAAGGGACCAAAAGGAAAUUUGAACAAAAAGAACACAAGGAAUUGAUUCCUUUAAUACGUAAGAGUUCUUCACCAAGCUUAGUACACAGUCAAACAAGCAACCACAUCUCAAGUCAACACAAGAGGAAAUUGCGGAGUAUUGCUUUGUGCCCUGUGAAUGAUCAGCUUUUUGUGACCAGUGCUCUGGAUGGAAUGGUCAACUUCUGGCAAAUUCAGGCUAAAGGAGCCGGAGCCUCUCGUAUUAGCACCACUGAUUGUUCAUCCCAAAAGCAAAGGAGAUGGCCAGAAGAUUUAGCUUGGCACCCAGAAGGAAACAGCCUAUUUGCAGUAUACAGUGCUGAUAGUGGUGACUCUCAAGUGUCAGUUACAAAUCUGAAUAAAGGACAACAAGGGGGAGAGCGGGUAAAUUUCUUAGAGGACAAGCCUCAUGUUAAGGGAAUCAUUAAUGGCAUUGUUUUCAUGCCAUGGGAAAAUACGUGUUUUGUAACUGGUGGAAGUGACCAUGCUGUUGCACUUUGGAGUGAGCAGGAGGGUGAGAAGUGGAAACCAAAGGUGUUGCACAGGAAUCUUCACUCAUCUGCUGUCAUGGGGGUUGCUGGUAUGCAGCAGAAACAGAUGGUGUUAUCUGUUGGUGCAGAUAGGAGAAUAUUUGGAUAUGAUGUUCGAGUGGGAAGAGCAGAUUUCAAGCAUCAGGUUGAUAGUAAAUGCAUGAGUGUCCUGCCGAAUCCAAGCGACUUCAAUUUAUUCAUGGUUCAAACAGGGACCCAUGAAAGGCAGCUUCGGUUAUUUGAUAUUAGAUUGAGGAAUACAGAACUUCAUGCUUUUGGAUGGAAGCAAGAAAGCAGUGAUUCUCAAUCAGCUCUGAUAAAUCAGGCUUGGUCUCCUGAUGGACUAUACAUAACAUCUGGUUCUGCGGAUCCUGUGAUUCACAUAUUUGAUAUAAGGUAUACAGCUCACAAGCCUUCUCAAUCUAUAAGAGCACAUCAGAAACGAGUCUUCAGAGCCAUGUGGCUUCAGUCCAUUCCUCUUGUCAUUUCCAUAUCAUCGGAUCUCAACAUUGGACUGCACAAGGUUUAUGCUUGA